AUGCGCGGUAGCAGUGGUAAUAGACGGAAAGUCUUGCUGCUCACAACCGAACCUCCCAAUGCAAUCAAGACAGAGUGGCCGCAUUAUCAAAACUACAAUUUACCAGACAUUUUGAAGGCACGGGGGGCCUUAGUCACGCUAAAGUCCUGGAGAGAAGAGGGCAUCCUCACUACGAUCAGCCAAUUCGAUACAGUGACAUUCCUCUGGUGUAAAGACUACUAUAAACACUCAGACGCGUUCUUCAAUUUUUUAGAUGAACUGCAGAAGACAGCUUAUAGUAGUUCAUGCGCCCCUAAGAUGAUCAACGACAUAAACUUGAUCCAGUGGAAUACAAACAAGAGGUAUCUCCUGGAGAUGGAACAAGAGGGGUUUGCAAUUCCGGAGACUCGACUAGUUCAACCUGAAAAGUACACUGUGUCGGGCUUGCAUGCGCUUGUUCAAGACUUCUUCCCGUCAGGCUCCGUUGUUCUCAAACCAUCAAUAUCAGGUUCAGCCAUCAUGACACAUCGCGUCACCGACACAUCAACAAUGUCCCUAGAUGACCUAACUUUCCUCAAGCUCUGCACGCAAGGUAAACUACAUGGUUUCUUAGUUAUCCAGGCUUUUGAACCAAACAUAUCAGCGGGGGAGUACUCCUUCAUCUUUGUGUGCACUAGCCUGACCCAUGUCAUGUUGAAAAGACCCAAAGAAGGGGAUUAUCGUGUGCAGGACAUUUACGGAGGGUUUAAUAAGCUAUUGGAUAUCCGCUCUAUUAAUGCAGACACCCUACAGGUGGUACAGGAAAUUUUCAUGAGCCUGCAACGCCGAUUUGGUGAAGGGCGUGUGGGAUAUGUGCGAAUCGAUGGGCUUAUCACAAACGAUCGUCCGUUUGUUCUAAUGGAGAUCGAGGCCAUCGAACCUCAUUUAUGGUUAGAGACCGGGAAUGGAGUUGACGAAAUGCUUAAUAUCCUCGAGGCAUAG